UCAACAACUGACGCAUCUAGUCAAAAAUCUGCUCAUGUCCAAGGUCAAGUGGAUGAAGUAAUUGGUAUUAUGCAUUCCAACAUCGAUAAAGUCGUUCAACGUGGAGAAAAUCUCAAUUCGCUGCAAAAUAAAACCGAUGAGUUGAAUCAAGGUGCAUUGCAGUUUAAGCGAGGCACAACUACGCUCAAGAACGAAAUG